CCGCAUCCCGCUGUCGGGGCUCCUUCCCGUCGCAGCUCCGCUAUAAAACCCGGGACCGGCAUGAUCGCGGCACCCCCGGAGGCCUCCUCGACACGCGACCUCCGGCUCGGCGGCGUCUUGGCUCCUGUGCGCGAUGCGGCUGCUGCCUGCGCUCCUGGCCCUCGCCGCCGCCCGGCCCUCGGCCAGCGCAGAGUCACACUGGUGCUACGAGAUUCAAGCCAAGGCCUCCAACUAUACUUGCUUGGGGCCUAGCCAGUGGGGUGAAGACUGCCAGAAGAACCGCCAGUCCCCCAUCGACAUUGUCACUACAAAGGCACAGGUAGACCCAGACUUGGGACCCUUCUCCUUUUCUGGCUAUGACGAGAAGCAAAAGUGGAAAGUCCAGAACAAUGGGCAUUCAGUGAUGGUGCUGCUGGAGGGCGAGGCCUCCAUUGCUGGAGGAGGACUGGCUGCCCGGUACCGGGCCACGCAGCUGCACCUGCACUGGUCUGAGAAGCUGGAUGGGGGCUCAGAGCAUACCCUCGAUGGCAGGCGCUUUGCCAUGGAGAUGCACAUAGUACACGAGAAAGAGAAGGGGACGUCGAGGAACGAGAAAGAGGCCCAGGAUCCCAAAGAUGAGAUUGCAGUGCUGGCCUUCUUGCUGGAGGCCGGAUCUGAGGAGAAUGAUGGCUUCCAGGCCCUGGUGGAGGUGCUGGCUUAUGUCCCCAGACCCAAGAUGAACACCACGAUGAAAGAGAGCAUCAGCCUGUUCGACCUCAUCCCCAAGAAGGAGAAACUGAGGCAUUACUACCGCUACCUGGGCUCCCUCACCACUCCAGGCUGCAAGGAGACGGUUGUCUGGACCGUGUUCCAGGAGCGCAUUCAGCUCCACAGGGAUCAGAUCUUUGCCUUCUCCAAGAAGCUGUACUAUGAUAAGGAGCAGACACUGAGUAUGACAGAUAACAUCAGACCCUUGCAGUACCAGGGGCAGCGCCCCAUGUUCAAGUCUCAGGCCCCAGGACAGCUGCUGCCCUUGCCCUUGGCCACCAUUCUGGUCCCCAUGCUCACCUGCCUGAUGACUGACUUCCUCCGAUGAGCAGUCCCUUCCGGACACUUUACCUCUGCUCUCAGUGUGUAGAGGCCUGGGGCCUCCAUUCCUCAGGCUUCCUAGCAUGGAUUUUGAUGAUGAUUAAAGGGAUAUAUUUUUGGAGAAA